AUGCGGGAUUUGGCACACGUGGUCAAUCCCAGUAGCAACUACAGUUUAAAGAAUCUCAGUUUAAUCCAAUCCCAUCCCAAUUUGCCUUUGCUUGCUGUUGUUCCGCUGGUUGAUGCAUUUUACACAGUCGACAUGCUCAUCAAGGUAAAGACUUUGGUUGGUAAGGAAAUUGAAAUUGAUAUCGACCAAACCGACAAAAUCGAACGAAUAAAAGAGCGAAUCGAAGAAAAAGAAGGCAUUCCACCGCCACAACAGCGCCUUAUUUUCUCUGGGAAACAGAUGAAUGACGAGAAAACCGUAAAUGACUACAAAAUUCAAGGUGGAUCUGUACUUCAUUUGGUCCUUGCCCUAAGGGGCGUAAUCGAUGCGCCGUCAUGGGGGGAGGCAGAGCUUACAGCACCCCGCCGCGUGGUUCGAGAGGCAAACGAAGAACAAUGCGAGUGUCGUCGUCGGUUAAAGACACGCUAUGACAGUCCAGCACUCCUCCUCACCCCAAGCCGCCCCAUCUCACACAUCGCCAUCUAUUCCCCUAGCCCGUUCUCCAUCUCACAGCCUCCGAAUUGCUUUCUCACUCGCGCCAGCGGUUAA